GCUCUGGUUGGCCUGCGGCAGCACGGAAGCGGGGAGUUAAAGAGUCGGCCUCUCGUGGGAGCCGGCCGCGGCCCGCCUGGCUGCGCCCUGGGGUGCAUGUCGGCAGCUGCGGUUCCCUGCCAGGCGGUAGCUUUCACUGCGUGCUAUGGGAGAAGUGAAAGAAUUAAAAAUGCAAAUAUCGCCAGAAACUCCUGGAAGAAUCCGUGUUCUAAAUCCUUUUGAAAGUCCUAGUGAUUAUUCUAAUCUCCACGAGCAAACAUUGGCCAGUCCAUCUGUUUUUAAAUCAGCAAAAUUACCAACUCCAGGGAAAUUUAGAUGGUCUAUUGAUCAACUAGCUGUAAUAAAUCCUGUAGAAAUAGACCCAGAAGAUAUUCAUCGUCAAGCAUCAUACUUAAGUCAUUCGCGAAUAGAUAAAGAUGUGGAAGACAAAAGACAAAAAGCCAUUGAAGAGUUUUUCACCAAAGAUGUGAUUGUUCCCUCUCCAUGGACUGAUCAUGAAGGAAAGCAGCUCUCAGAGUAUCAUGCCAAAAAAUGCCCUAAUAUAAAUAGUGACUCUCCAGUUGGAAGAAAGUUGACCGUUCUUUCUGAAAAAAGCAAUGCCGCUUGCCAGACAUUGCUGUCUCUUCCUGUGGACUUUAAUUUAGAAAGUAUAUUAGGUGACUAUUUCAGAGCUGAUGAAUUGGCCGAUCAGUCUCCCGGAAACCUGAGCUCCUCCUCUCUCAGAAGAAAGCUGUUCUUAGAUGGGAACGGAAGCGUCUCUGACUCCUUAGCUCCAGGUUCUCCGAGUGGUUCGCAUAGCGCUGUUCAGACGUCCCUGGAGGUUUUCUACUCAAUAGAUUUAUCUCCUGUGCCGUGUAGGAGCCCUGCACAGACACCAGGCUCGGGGCAGUUUUCAUCUAGCCCUAUUCAGGAAAGUGGGAAGAAAUACAGUUUGGGGAGCCUGGCUAGUCCUUCACCCAUUUCUUCGCCCACUUUCUCACCAGUUGCAUUUCAGAUAGGAAAGACACCACUCUCAGAACAAAGGAAGUUUAUUUUUCAUUCUCCUGAAGCUUCUUCUGCAACUCAUUCUCACGGAAUAUCUAAUGCAUGUAUCCGAAGCCCUUACAUAGAAGGCUGCUCACCCAUUAAAAACCGGUCUCCCGUGAGACUCGAGUCGUGCAGAGGCGGGACCAAGUAUCAAACUUCCCUGAUCCAGAUGCCCUUUACUCUGGAGGCUCAUAGUGAAGACGAAGAAGAUAAAGAGACUGUUCCCUGCGGGGAUGUCUCCUCGCCAGCCCUGGGGGAUACUGGCAUGCUCCACCUGCCGCAGGCGAACCACUGCACUUGGGCGGAUGGCACUAACCGUGUGACUGCCGUGUCUGUUGCUCAGAGUCGGUUCAGCGCUGCUGAGAAGGAGCUGGCGCUUCUGCGGGACGCUUACCAGGAGAAGAACGACACGGUGGACAUGGCUGAGCCUGUAGAGCCAGCGGAUGACAACACCUGGGUUAAGGAGCCAGUGGAUAGUGAGAGCUUGCCCAUGACGGAUUCUGUGACCGGAAUGACCUUCAGCAUUGAAAACUCUGAGAUGUGCAUGUCUCCACUGGCGGAAAGCAGUGUCAUUCCUGGCGAGAGCAGCAACGUUCAGAUGGAUAGUGGCUAUAAUACACACACUUGUGGAAGCAACAUCAUGGAUGCAGUUGGAGCAGAAAGUGACGUGCAGUCCUUGGAUAUUGAAAACAAGUCUCAAGCUUUUAGUAUAAAGCAAGAGCACACAACACAAAGGUGCUGGAUGAAAACAGCAAGUCCCUCUCAGUGCGGCAGCCCGUAGAACACCUGUCAGAACCAAAGACUGUCGUUGAAUAGCUCCUCAUGUAUUUUACACACAAAAUCAAAAUGUGAUGGUGACUGAGAAAAACUGCUCCAAGUAACAUGCUUAGAUUUUUUGCUCUCCCUCCUUAAUGUGAAGAAUGAAGGGCUUAACUUGAUGACACAGAACUACUCUGGAACUCUACGUUGCUGGGUUACAAGUUUAUUUUUAUCAAUAAAUAUUUUUGUACUUCCUUGAA